UUUAUAAUAUAAUUGUAAUUAUUCGCGUUAAACUAGUUAUUUUUGUUUUAUAAUUUUUAAAAUGUAGUUUUAAUUCGAAUUUUGUAAAAAAUAUGUCGAUUCUUUUUAUUUUUAAUAUUUUAUUUUGGUUUUAAUCCACAAAUUUAUUUUGAAGUUUAAUUUUCACUAAUAUUUUAAAAAUAAUUCACACUGAUACAUUAUUCACACAUUAUAACAUAAUAAUUUAUUACGAUUACCAACAAUGCAUUCUGAUUCCAGUAAAAUUAGAAAGAUGCAUAAAAAACGACCUAAAGAAGGAGAGAUAUCAGAAGACAAAAGAAAGUACAUCCAUUCACGAAAUAGUUUCCUUUUUUUUCUACUAGGAAUGUCUGUAUAUCCUAAUACAGAUAGUAGUCUACUUGCUCAAAAAGUAUUUUCAUGUGAAAAUUUCACUAAUGAUAUUAUGCUUGUCCACAAUAUGUCCCUAACAAUUAUCGGUUUGUUGUUUUCAUUUUUGGGCGGCAGAUACGAGUUUUAUAUCUUUAUCGGUUCCGUUUGGGGAUCACUAUUGUGCCAUUUAUGCCAUAUUUUAAUCGGUUUUUACGGGACAACUAUCCACGCACGUAAUUCUUUCAUUUGCAUUUUUUUCUUUUUGGGAAUAUUUAGGUCGUCAUUAUCCUUUACAUGUCCUCAUAUUAUUUCAAAACUUUUUUUGUUUUCUGCCUAUCUCCUUUUUAAUAAUUCACGUUCAGCCUUUUCACUUUCUAUGGGCGUUAAAACAAUUCAACAAGCCAGGUUAAAUUUGGUUAUUUGUCAUUGCUUACAAGCAUUUAUCACUUUCGUUGGUGCCGUUUGGUCUACUAUUUUGUUUAUUACUUAUAAAGAUGAAGAUGCUCUUAAGGAUAACGAAAAAUAUGACGUUCAAAAAAUUGCAAAUAAAAAAAUAGAGAAUUUCAAAUAUCUAAAGUAUUACUAUCCAAGGUUUAUUCUGUAUCACAUUUGCUCAGUAAAAUACAUUUUUCAUACUGGUUUAAUACCAUUCUUGCUUGAACUUCCCAUGCCUAUUAAACUGAGAGGUUCAAUUUCUUAUACAUUUGGUGAAUUUUUAGGCAGAAAUUCAGGUUUAUUUUUUGAUGAGACAGUUAUAACAAAGCCAGGUGAUUCAAUAGAUACUGCCUUUUUUGUUCUCAGAGAUAUCCCCCUAUUUUUUUUAAUAUUUGCCAUUAUAACUUUAAAUGGAGCAAUAAUGUACUCUACAUUUACUGCUAAAAUAGCGAUUAGUAGAAGUCCUCCCUUUGUUUUAACAGCACUAAUUGUUUCAGGUCUAAGUUACGGUUAUCUUAUAUCAAAAGCAACUCUGGGCUCCAAUGCAAUUCUUCAGUAUUAUUCAAAAAAAAUAACAGAAGAAACGAUCCCUCGAGAAUCAAAGGUUGUAUCUGAAGUUAUUACUAUUACAUACUACUGUUCUCUAUUUAUUCCUUAUUCGAUUUCAAAAAUUAUUGAAAAAAGUUUAAGGAAAAGUAGAGUUUCUCGAGACUACAUUUUGUCAAGGAACUUUGGAAACUUAUCAGUUAACGACGUACACAUUUUACUCACAUUGUUGAACAAAUAAUAUUUUGACACAAGUUAUAUGGAUAUUUAGGAAAUAUAAUAUAUGAUAAGGUCCAUUAGAUUAAUAUAUGGUACA